AGGAGGCGCGGCCGCCUGCCCCUGUGCACUACCGGCCCCAUAACGCCAAGUUCAAGGUCAACCCCGAGAACGGGCAACGGGAGCGCGUGGAGGACGUGCCCAUCCCCAUCUACUACCCUCCGGAGGCCCAGCGGGGGCUCUGGGGCGGCGAAGGCUGGAUCCUGGGCCACCGCUACGUCGGCAACGACAAGCUUUCCAAGAGGGUAAAGAAGUUGUGGAAGCCACAGCUGUUUGGGCGUGAGUUCUACAGUGAAAUCCUGGACAAGAAGUUCACAGUGACGGUGACCAUGCGGACCCUCGACCUCAUUGAUGAGGCCUAUGGGUUUGACUUCUAUAUUCUCAAGACCCCGAAGGAGGAUCUUUGCUCCAAGUUUGGGAUGGAUCUGAAACGAGGGAUGCUGCUGAGGCUUGCCCGCUGUGACCCCCAGCUGCACCCCGAUGACCCUGAGCGGAGGGCGGCCAUCUACGACAAGUACAAGGAGUUUGUCAUCCCGGAGGAGGAGGCAGAGUGGGUCGGCCUGACCCUGGAAGAGGCUGUGGAGAAGCAGAGGCUUUUGGAGGAAAAGGACCCUGUCCCUCUGUUCAAGGUCUACAUGGAGGAGUUGGUCAGGCAGCUGCAGCAGCAGGCGCUGUCGGAGCCUGCGGUUGUGCAGAAGAGAGCCAGCGGGAAGUGACUGCACAGCCCUUCUGUGCUGACCACUGGGCUCUGCAACCCUUGCUGGGCCCCUCGCACUGUGGACAUGGCCUGGGUGGCUGGGAGGGCCACCUUUGGGCAGUGGGUGAAUCUUGUUUCUUGUGUGCAGGCCACUCUGCCCCCAGGCUGGGAUUGGCUCAGCGGGACCCUGAGGGACCUAUUGUCCUGGAACCCCCAAGAGGUCUGGCACUGGCCAGUGGCCCCUACCUGGUGGGCCCCAUGCUCUGGGCAGUGUUCCUUGUGCUUGUGCAUUCAGGAGUGAGUAAAGUCUGAGACAAGCUGUG